AUGGUGACCAUUCAUGUCCAGCAGGUCCUCGUACGCAAUUCCGUACCGGUGCAGUUGCAGGCGACCCGACGCGAGAAACCCUGCUCUGAGCUGAGCUCAAGUCGUGUCGAGGUCGACUUCGGCAACGCCACCUCUACUGCGCCGUUGGCCACAGAGAGUGAUGCUGAAGCUGCGCUGAGCCCAAUGGAGGAAACCGUGAACCAUGUCCUUGGCCUCAAGGCCGUUUUGGACGUGGCUGCCAACGCCGACGAAGAAACUCCCUUUGAUGAGACCGCGGUCACCCAAGCUCUGCGAGACCUGUCCAAGAUUCCCAUGACCAUUGAAGCGCUGCGCGCUACCAAGAUUGACACCACUCUGGACGAGCUCAAGGCACGGAUACCUGCCACUGCCCGGGAUGCCGGGGACUUGCGAAAACAGCUCAAGCAUGACUUUCGCCAGCUGAAGCGAGAAUAUCGCCGGGUGAUUCCUCUGGAGGCUCAUGCAUCCCCUAGCAUUGACAUAACCUGCCGCCAGCUCGCCAUGCUGCUCGUGGUGAUGUCUGCUGCCAUCAUCUGUGGCUUGUCUUCCCUGACGCGUGCUGAUCACGAUGACACCCUAGGCAUACCAUCGUACCCACGCUCCCUCUCGCCCACAUCUGUGGAGCAGGUUAAUGACGACUUGGCCAGCCUGCCCGCUGAAGUUGGCCCUGCAGCUGCGACUUCAGAAGCAGGUGGAGCUGGCUACCAGGGGUCAGACGCUCGUGCUGCCAUCUCAGGGCUGCCACCACCGACACAACGCCCAAGGAUUGACGGCUACUACCACGAACAUCGCUGGCAGUCCUGGCGCUCCCAUGUGGCCCUGCGCUACGUGGACCCCACCCGCCCACCCUUACCCUACGUGACCCCCGCCGUCAUCAACACCAAGCCCAUGGUGUUGAUUCAGCCUUACGUCGUGCUAUGA